ACCUCAAGGCUCUGAGUCAGUGUUUUAACUCUCUCCCAGGGCACUGAGUGUCCUUUGGUGCUCUACUGCUCAGCUCUUCACUUCUCCUUCAAUGCAUGCUCUGUGAUGGCUUUUGGAAUUGUGCUCCUUCUGGGUGUCCUGGCUUCUUGUCAUGGAUUCAACUUGGAUGUGGAGGAGCCUGUGAUAUUUCAAGAGGAUGGAGCUAGCUUUGGACAGAGUGUGGCCCAGUUUGACAGAUCUAGACUCGUGGUGGGAGCCCCCCUGGAGGUGGUGGCGGUCAACCAAACAGGACGGUUGUAUGACUGUGUGGCUGCCACUGGACUAUGUCAACCCAUACCACUGCACACACCCCCAGAGGUCGUGAACAUGUCCCUGGGCCUGUCCCUGGCAACCUGCACCAAUCGCUCCUGGCUGCUGGCCUGUGGCCCCACCAUGCACAGAGCCUGUGGGGAGAAUAUGUAUGCAGAAGGCUUCUGCUUCCUGUUGGGCUCCCACCUGCAGACCAUUUGGACCAUGCCUACUUCCCUGCCAGAGUGUCCAAGUCAAGAGAUGGACAUUGUCUUCCUGAUUGAUGGUUCUGGCAGCAUUGUCCAAAGUGACUUUAAGCAGAUGAAGGACUUUGUCAGAGCUGUGAUGGGACAGUUUGAAGGCACCAACACCCUGUUUUCCCUGAUACAGUACUCCAACCGCCUGAAGAUCCACUUUACCUUCACCGAAUUCCAGAGUACCUCAAACCCUCAGAGCCUGGUGGAUCCCAUUGUCCAGCUGGAUGGCCUCACAUUUACAGCCACAGGGAUCCGGACAGUGGUGGAAGAACUAUUUCAUAGUAAGAAUGGGGCCCGAAAAAGUGCCAAGAAGAUCCUCAUUGUCAUCACAGAUGGGCAGAAAUACAAAGACCCCCUGGACUACAGUGACGUCAUCCCCCAGGCACAGAGGGCUGGCAUCAUUCGCUAUGCCAUUGGGGUGGGAAAUGCUUUCCAGGAACCCACUGCCAGGCAGGAGCUGAACACCAUUGGCUCACUGCCCUCUCAGGACCACGUGUUCAGGGUGGACAACUUUGCAGCACUCGGCAGCAUCCAGGAGCAGCUUCAGGAGAAGAUCUUUGCAGUCGAGGGAACCCAGUCGAAGACAAGUAGCUCUUUCCAACAUGAGAUGUCACAAGAAGGCUUCAGUUCAGUGCUCGCAAUGGAUGGACCAGUUCUGGGAGCAGUGGGGAGCUUCAGCUGGUCUGGAGGUGCCUUCCUGUAUCCCCAAAAUACAAGCCCCACUUUCAUCAACAUGUCUCAAGAGAAUGUGGACAUGAGGGACUCUUACCUGGGUUACUCCACUGAGCUGGCCUUUUGGAAGGGGGUCCAGAGCCUGAUCUUGGGGGCCCCCCGCCAUCAGCAUACUGGGAAGGUAGUCAUCUUCACCAAGACAUCUGGGCAAUGGAGGCCGAAAACAGAAGUCACAGGGACUCAGAUCGGCUCUUACUUUGGGGCCUCCCUCUGCACUGUGGAUGUGGAUAGAGAUGGCAGCUCUGACCUUGUCCUCAUCGGGGCUCCUCAUUACUACAAGCCAACCCGAGGGGGGCAGGUGUCUGUGUGCCCCUUGCCCCAGGGGAGGGCUAAGUGGCAAUGUGAGGUCAUUCUCUUUGGGGAGCAAGGCCACCCUUGGGGCCGCUUUGGGGCAGCCCUGACAGUGCUGGGGGAUGUGAAUGGGGACAAGCUGACGGACGUGGCCAUCGGGGCCCCGGGAGAGCAGGAGAGCCGGGGUGCUGUCUACCUUUUUCAUGGAACCUCAAGACUGGGCAUCAACCCCUCCCACAGACAGCGGAUCACAGGCUCCCAGCUCUCUCCCUCACUCCAGUAUUUUGGGCAGUCGCUGAGUGGGGGUCAGGACCUCACCCAGGAUGGAUUGGUGGACCUGGCUGUCGGGGCCUGGGGACAGGCGCUGCUGCUCAGGAGUCGGCCAGUGCUGAAUGUGGGGGUGGCCAUGAGAUUCAUGCCAGCGGAGGUGCCAAAGGUUGUGUACCAGUGCUGGGGAGACAUGCCAUCCACCCUGGAAGCUGGGAAUGCCACAGUCUGUCUCACUAUCCACAAAAGCUCACUGGACCAGCUAGGUGAUGUCCAAAGCUCUGUCAAGUAUGAUCUGGCAUUAGACCCAGGCCGUCUGGUUUCUCGUGCCAUUUUUGACGAAACCAAGAACUGGACUUUGACUCGAAGAAAAACCCUGGGAAUGGGAGUUUACUGUGAAACCAUUAAGCUGCUUUUACCAGACUGUGUGGAGGACGUGGUCAAUCCCAUCAUCCUACGCCUCAACUUCUCCUUGGUUGGGGAGCCCAUCCCCUCAUCUCAGAACCUUCGCCCUGUGCUGACUAUGGACUCCCAGGACCUCUUCACUGCUUCUCUCCCCUUUGAGAAGAACUGUGGACAAGAUCACCUCUGUGAAGGGGACCUGAGCAUCAAUCUCAGCUUCUCAGGCCUGCAGACCCUUGUGGUAGGGAGCUCCCUGGAGCUUAAUGUGACAGUGACUCUGUGGAAUGAGGGUGAGGAUUCCUAUGGAACUGUGGUCCACUUCUACUACCCAGCAGGGCUGUCCUAUCGACGAGUGUUAGGAACACAGCAACCCCAUCAGCGCCCACUGCGCCUGGCAUGUGAGGGAGUGCCCACUGGGAAUGAGGGCCUGAAAAGCAGCAGCUGUAGCAUCAACCAUCCCAUUUUCCAAGAGGGCACUAAGGGCACCUUCAUAGUCACAUUUGAUGUCUCAUACAAGGCCACCCUGGGCAACAAGAUGCUUCUGAAGGCCAAUGCAAGCAGUGAGAAUAAUAAACCUAUGACCAGCAAGACCACCUUUCAUCUGGAGCUCCCAGUGAAAUAUGCUGUCUACAUGGUGAUCAGCAGGUGUGAAAUUUUGACUCUCCUGUAAGCCUAAAUCUCCCCUUGCAGCCGAGACUGAUCUUUAAAUGAUAGGU